AUGGAUACUGCAGGGAAACAGGAUAUCGCUGCAAGCGUCGGCCCGAAGAGGCGCUGCAUAGACGCGCAGAGGAUUUUCAGCGGUGCGUCGGUUUCUCGUGAUGCGUGGCGAGCGCAGCGUGAUACGGAAGGCGGAUGUACCUCAGCGGAAGAUGACGCACUGGGAUCUGUUUGCUCGCUGAGCAUCGCCGAUAGAAAACGCUCGCUCAGCGAAACACGCGGCUGUUGGAGGCGCAGUCCACGGGAUUCGGCAUCGACCUGCUUCUGUAUGCGACUUGCGCCGCCGCGCAUCCAUAGCGACGACAAAUGUUCCCAGGCAGCUUGGUACCCGCAAGCCCGCUGGAUCUAG